AUGUUCAACAAGUCGAGUUUCAAUUUUGGGACACCCAAAACCACAAAUCAGACUUCAGUGUUGACGAUGACUACACCUGCCAAUACUUUGUGGAGUUCAACUCAAGCUUCGGCUGGUUUCUCCUUAGGAAGUAAUACCCAACCAACUUUCACUGGUUUCUCAUUAGGUGGUACCACACAAGCAUCCACUGGUUUUUCAUUAGAUAAAACCACACAAGCAUCACCUGGCUUUUCGUUUGGUGUUACAAACCAACCCUCUACUGCCUUUUCACUGGGAAAAACUUCAGCAUCUACUGGAUUCUUAUUAGGUACAACUCGAGUAUCUAAUGCUGUCUCAUUGGGCAGAAAUCAAACAUCAACUGUUUUCUCUUUGGGUGCAACUCCAACUUUUUCUACUGGUUACUCAUUAGCUAGUACCACCCAAGCAUCCACUGGUUUUUCAUUAGGUGGUACCACACAAGUAUCUACUGGCUUUUCAUUAGGAACAACUUCAGCAUCUACUGGAUUCUCAUUAGGUACAACUCAAGCACCUAAUACUAUCUCAUUGGGCAGAUAUCAAACAUCAACUGCUUUCUCUUUGGGUGCAACUCCAACUGUUUCUACUGGUUUCUCAUUAGCUAGUACCACCCAAGCAUCCACUAGUUUUUCAUUAGCUGGUACCACUCAAGCAUCUACUGGUUUGUCAAUGGGCGCCAAACAAGCAUCUACUGGGUUCUCAUUAGCCACAACUAAAGUAUCAACAGGUUUCUCUUUGGGUAAGUCGUCAGCAGUUCCUACUGGUUUCUUAUCAGGCACAACAAGCACUCCUGGAUUUUCAUUGAGCUCUUCCGGAAAAACUACAGCCCAAGCUACUACAAUACAAACUAUUCCAGCAAUUACUACAAAAGCUCCACCUGUUACAUCUCAAUUAGAUAGUCAAUCCAGUGCAGUUCAACAGACAAAUUUCCAACAGCUUAUUGAUUUAAUUAACAACUGGACUGUCAGUUUAGAAAAUCAAGAAAAACAAUUUAUUAAGCAAGCAAAUGAAAUAACCGUUUGGGAUAAUAUAUUAACAAAUCAAUCUGCUAAAUUGGUAAAAAUGUAUGAUAUUCUGGAGCAAAAAGAAAAGGAACAAGUGGAUAUUGAAAAUGAACUUGACUUCUUGUUAUCCCAACAAAAGGAACUUGAAGAUUGUUUAAUUCCAAUAGAACAAGAAUUACAAUCUUGUGAAGUAUUAAGUAGCUUGAAUAAUGAAAGAGAACCAAUAUAUAAAGCUGCUCAAGAAAUCGAUAGCCAAGUAAAACUACUGUCAGGGGAUAUAAAAGAAAUAGUAAACAGUUUAAAUAGAGCCAACUCGAAAAAAGAUUCUGAUGAUGAUCUGAAUUCAAUUUGUCGAAUAUUGAACUGUCAUAUGACAGCAUUACAGUACAUAGAACACAAUGCAGAAAAUUUAAGUUCAAUGGUAUCUGAAAUGAAUGAAGAGCAUUCUCGUUUCUUUACAGCUGUUAAUGAUAACUCUUUGUCUUCCUUCAGGAAAUAAAUAAUAUUAUGAA